AUGAUGCUGCGUCAUUUUUGGUACAUGAGUCCAGAAUUGGCAACUCUUGUUCUUUUUUCAUCUCUCCUGUAUGACAAAGAAAAGACUGAUCUUGUCCGCACAAUACAAGCAGAUCGAGGCCCGCAUCUGAUGAAAACACUACCACAAAGUUUUGACAACUUGCGUGCGUCUAAAACAUUUUUUGAAACAUCUAAUAUUGAUGCCAGUUUUCUUGAUGUACUUGUUGAAAACUGGUCAGAUACUCCUUCUUUCCAAGUUGCAGCAAUGUUUGUAAAGAAUCUGGUUUGCAUCAAUGACUCUGCAGAACGGGGAGUAGCGUUGGUACAACAUUUCAAUGAAACAAUCACCAAAGACGCAGAGCAGAAACAAUUUUUGCUUCAAGUAGUUGAACAGCAUAGGAAAAACUUUGCAGAAUAUAAUCGUGAACUGCUAGCAAAAAUUUGA